GCCAGUAAUGGUGUAGAGAGAAUAGGAGAAAUUUGCCUGGGCUUAUAAGAAAAUAGGGCCAUUUUGCAAAGGAAUCCUUCAAUUUGACAAGAAUCCAAGUAAGCAGAAAACCAGAAAGCAAAGAAACGGAUACCCUUUUGCUUUCUGUAAAGGUCAUACUCUCCCAGAAUGGGCAUGAGCAGCCUGAAAUUGCUGAAAUAUGUCCUGUUUAUCUUUAACUUGCUCUUUUGGGUCUGUGGCUGCUGCAUUUUGGGUUUUGGUAUCUACCUCCUGGUCCAAAACACCUAUGGAGUGCUCUUCCGUAACCUUCCCUUCCUGACACUGGGCAAUGUACUCGUCAUCGUGGGCUCCAUUAUCAUGGUGGUUGCCUUCUUGGGCUGCAUGGGCUCAAUCAAGGAAAACAAGUGCCUGCUUAUGUCGUUCUUUGUUCUGCUGAUGAUUAUUCUCCUUGCUGAGGUGGCCUUAGCCAUCCUGCUCUUUGUGUAUGAGCAAAAGCUGAGCAACUUAGUGGCUGAGGGCCUGAAUGACAGCAUUCAACAUUAUCACACUGACAACAGCACCAUGGCAGCCUGGGACUUCAUCCAAUCACAGCUGCAUUGCUGUGGUGUAAAUAGCACAAGUGAUUGGACUGGUGGUCCACCAUCUUCGUGCCCAACAGGUGCAGACGUUCAGGGUUGCUACAAUAAAGCAAAACAGUGGUUUCACUCCAAUUUCUUAUAUAUUGGAAUCAUUACCAUCUGUGUAUGUGUGAUACAGGUGCUGGGGAUGUCCUUUGCUCUGACACUGAAUUGCCAGAUUGACAAAACCAGCCAGGCCUUAGGGCUCUGACUUGCAAUUGCCCUGAGCUUAAAAGACAUAUCUCUCUCUGGAAAUCCAAAACACCCAUAGCAUGAGGUCCCAAACACUCACAUGCCUGCCUGGUAUUUUGAUUCCUCUUAUCUCUCCCUUGAGUGGGUUCCUGCCUUAUAUACCCAAGGAAGAGAAUAUCGGUUAUGAACGUCCCAUCUCAAGCAGAAGAAAAUCAUUCACUACCUGAUAGCAGUAACCAUAUCCCUUAAAGAUGAGGAGACAUAACUGGGUGAAUUUUUUGGACAUGAGAGGCCAAGAGAACCUCUAGCUCUUGUGACCUAAGAUCCAGAGAUGGCUGCCAGUGUGGAUAUAGCGCAGAAUACUGACCUAACAUAUGUGAGCCCCUGAAUUUAGCCCUGAGUACUACAAGAUAGGCCCAAGUUUAAGUGUUAGAUUCUUAACAAUUGUCAAAUCAGUCUCUAGCCUCUGAAUCAUGCUAUUUUCACUCUGUAAGAGACAUACUGAAGGGAAUUUUGGAGUCAGAUUUACCAGAUAAUUGACAUACCCCAUUUCCUUUUGAACAUAGACUUUGAAAAUAGGAAUGUUACAGAGAUCUCUCUUCAAAAGGAAUUGUUUCCAUUUCUUUGUUAAAAUAUCUUCUUGAUUUCUGUUAUAUCCAUCCAUUCAGAAAUGACUAUCUAAUCUUCCUGUCCUAUCUUCAUUCAGUCUUAAAGCUUUUUAAUUAUAUAGCCAUGGAGAACAGCCCAGAAGUACUAAUAUCUCCACUGUGUUAGCUGGUAAUCACAUUCAUGUUUAUAUUGUUAUUUCUCCACAAAAUCAGGUUCUGUUAAGGUACUGCUUUAACACUUAAAUAAACAAAAUAGUUUAUGAUCACUGUUAAUCAAACAUUUGACUCAUUUUGAUAUUUCUGCUAGAAAGCCAAAUGUAGUAGUUAGCUAUUUCUGUAUAGCAACUUAGUCCAAGAUAUAAUGGACUACACACAUUAAGAACCUACACACAUUUGUUUUAUUUACUGAUUCAUUUAAAGACAGGCUUUUACCAUGCAGCCCAGGAUGUCUUAGAUGUUCUAUGGAGCUGAAAUUGGCACCAAACUCAUGAUCAUUUUACUUAUACCUUCUGUAUAUUAGAAUCACAAGCCGGGCGACGGUGGCGCACGCCUUUAAUCCCAGCACUCGGGAGGCAGAGGCAGGCAGAUCUCUGUGAGUUCGAGACCAGCCUGGUCUACAGAGCUAGUGCCAGGACAGGCUCCAAAGCCACAGAGAAACCCUGUCUCGAAAAAAAAAAAAAAAAAAAAAAAAAAAAGAAUCACAGGUAUGUGCCACUAUGUUUAGUCAGGACAAACUUUUAUUAUCUGAUGGUUUUAGGUAAUCAGGAAUGUGGAAGUAGCUGUGAAAAAUGAUUACAGAUUGCUGUUUUUAGCAUAACGAUGACUAAGAGGUCAGUCAGUUGUGUCUUCAGUCAUCUCAAGCCUCACUGGAAGAGGAUUCCACUGCGUGUUCUCACAAGAAGCAUUGAAUCAUGGCCCCACAUACUUUUACAUGGAUAGAUUCCUGAAUAAGGAGACAGCUAAGACAUAGAAUGAGCUACAACAACCAAAAUAGAAGCCACAGACCUUUUAUAACCUAAGCUAAAAGUUCUGCCACUAGUUAUUCUUAGAACUGGUUCAAAACGUUAAUUCCUACUCAUGAGUAGAGAAGAUUAUGCAAGGGUGUCACUACUAGGAAGUUGAGGUCACUGCUUGCUGUAUGAGAGACUGCUAACUAUUUCCUCAUUCCUGUUGUGUCUAGAAGCUAGUAUACUUGUCUAUAUGACAGCUAUAUUUUAUAAUGUAAAAUUAGAAAAUGUAUAAUAAUGUACAGAGCUCAAAUGACAAAAAAGAAAAGAACUGGUUUCUGUUGUAAAAGUUUUCUUUAGGAUCGCCAAGCUCCCUUUAAGAAAAAUGGCUAUUUUAAUGGUCUUCUAUAGGGCAAACAUCUAUUGGCAUUUUUUGAGGUAUAUAAAGAAGAGAAGAGACACUUCUUUGUUCAAACUGACACUUAGUGGUGCCAUCACCUGGUAAACUUCCCUACCUAGUGCCUGAGUUUUGUUCUUAGCUCUGUUUUGAUCUUUAUUCCCAAUAACCUGUCACAGAAUUCUAAGAAUUUGCCUACCAAGUAUUACCAAACUCAUCUAUCUCGUCAUCUAAGUCCUUGCCACAUUCUUUCAAUAGUCUGUUUUCUGCAGUCUUAGUAGCCAACAAUGGCCCAAUCUAACUUUUUCUCACACAGAAGCUCAUUAUAUGUGAAAAACAUAAAUGUAAUCAUAUAUAUUUUUAAUAAAUACAACUCUUCAUUGACUGUUGUUUGAGAACAAAAUCUAGAUACUUUAUCUGCCACAUCCUACAGGCAACAUCCCAUUCUUACCCUCUCAGAACUCAACCUCUGACAUUUUAACUCUUUGUAUUUUGUGAUUUCAUUACUGAUGUAUAACAAGUUUUAUUAGACUUUUCUAUAUCAGUUGCAUUUUCUAGUGGUUCCCUUUGUUUGAAUAACUCUUAACCUUUCCUUGCUGUAAAGAUUUCUCUUAUCUCUGAAGGUUCACAAAUUUUUAAGUCUUUCCAAGUAUGAGCUACCAUUCGAAUCUCUUUCCUUUGAGUGACAGCUGAUCUUUGUUUUUGCUGCCUACAAUUGAAUCCAAGACCUCCUGUAUGCUCACUGAAUGUUCUACCGUUACUGCUUCACCAUUUGGAGCUGGGUUUUUUAAUCACUUUUUUUCCUUCCUUCCCUUCUCUCUUCCUCUCUCUCUCUUUCUCUCCCUCCCUCCCUCUCCCCUUCUCCUCCCUCUCCCCUCCCCCCUCCCUUUCUCUUUCUCUUUCUCUUUCUGGACAGGGUUUCUCUGCAUAGCCCUGGCUGUACUAGAACUAGCUCUGUGCACCAGGCUGGUCUUGAACUCACAGAGAUCCACUGCAUCUGUCUCCUGAGUGCCGGGAUUAAAGGUGUGUGUCAUCACAGUUCAGCUUUGAAUCACUUUUAAGGAGGAGGAUACAACAGAAUACAGACAAAUUCCCAUUUAAAUUUUCAUACAAUGUGUCUUUUAUGUGCUUUUGUUACACACUUGAGGCAUGAUUAAUAAAAGUUCAGAGACAAAAAAUUGGACUUCAACCUGAAGGUGAGAAAAGCAAAACAGCCAGCCACUAGCUCUUACCUCUAUCUCGGUCGGAAAUGGCGAUCCUGCCUCCAGGAAUCCCAGAAUGAGACUAAGACUGAGAGCUGUCUCUUCCCGUUUUUAUUCCUCUCUAGUUCUGAGAUAAAGGCGUGUACCACUAUUGCCUGGUUUCUAUGGAAAGUUAGUGUGGCUACUAGAAGUAAAGGUGUGUGUCAUUGUGGUUACUGGGAUUAAAGGUGUGUGUCAUUGCUGCCUGUGUGGCUGUCUUACUUUUCUGAUCAUUAGGCAAGCUUUUGUUUAUUAAAAUACAAAUGAAAUGCCACUACAUGUCC